UGUUCUUCUUCUUUAACAUUUCUUUUUAUUAAUCAUGAAUAACAAAAAACGUGUUACUUUAAAUAAAAAAACUUCUUCUCUAUUACUGGAUUAUCAAGCAAUAAUGGCCACGGAAUCAGAGACAAAUACUGUGACAAAUGAAUAUACCCGUCAAUUGGUAGCUAGUGCCUUAUCUCUACCUUCUUCAGUCAAAAUCACAACUAAAGCAACAACACCACAAACAGAUAAAAGGAUUGAACUACCGACUUUAUUAAAGUCAUCCCUAAGAACUCCGAGAUCUGCAUCUGCACCUUGCUCACCUACAACAGGUUUAAAAUCAGUACAUUUCAAUAAGAAUAAUUUAGAGGAUAUAUGCUUAUUUAGAAAGGCCCAAACGCCGUUGGCUAUUAGUCAAAAGAACAUAUUCUGGGGCACAGAUGAUGAUGAAGACAGCAGCAGUAGUUCGAGUUCGUCCUCUGAAGACGAGCAAGUGCCUUUAAAGUCAUUAGUAUUUGUGAACUGGCCUACUCGUUUAUCUGAUAUCAUCGAUAAAAAGACAAAAAAUAUAAGAAUCGAAAAAAAUGCGAUUCGUUUAAUAGAUGAUGUAAUCGUUGGAAAAAUACAAGUUCGAAAUAUUGAUUAUCACAAGACUGUUACAAUCCGUUAUACGUUUGAUUUUUGGGAAACAAUAGAUAAUAUCGGUGCUAAUUACAAUCAACAAGAUGAUCACAAGAAUAAUACUUAUGACGUGUUCUCAUUUAAGAUUAAUGUUCCAACGAAUGCUACUACAAUGUAUUUUGCUGUUAAUUAUAAAGUCGGUGCAACGGAAUACUGGGAUAAUAAUGAUGGUAGGAACUAUGAAAUUCAAAUCUCAAGUAAAAAAACAAGUACAAAAAAGGCCAAUUCCCAGACUAAAGAAGACGGGUUAAAAGCAAGAUACGAUUUUGGGCAAUCGAUUCACCAAGCUAAAAACAAUAUAGUCUUAUCUCCAACUUCCAUUAACAUGAAUAAAAACCAAGCCGUGGCUCGUGCGAAAACUUCAGUUCCAUCCAUUCCCAUACCAACAACGCCGACUGCCAUUGCCCCAGCAUUCGUUACGCCAGCAUCGACACCUAUACCGUUAGCUGCAAAAACCAUGCCUAUACCGAUGAGACGUAAAAGUUCAUCCCCUACUGGUUUAUCCUGCCAUUCUCCACUUGCUUCUUCCCCCACAUUUAUGGACUUGAAUUCCCAAUCUUAUUUGGAGCUAGUCAACAAGUACUGCUUUUAUUCGACUAGUCCUAGUCGGUCACCCAUGUCCAUUAAUGGGUAAAUUGCAUUUAUUAUUCCCCUAUACGCACACAAUCGUGCACACACACACACACUCGCUUGCAUUUUUAUAAAAUAAACCAC